AUGGAGGGCGAGAAUCGGUCAUUUGUUCUUUUACCAACAAACCAAGAAAAUGAAGCUAUUGAAGCUUCGUACACGAUUGACAAUGAGCAGGAAAAGACGGUUCGUGACCCCCACACGGCACGUAAUGUACGAGUUCAAUCUCCUACAAUGGAAGAAAGGGCUAACGAUAGCGGCAUCCAUGAGUGGCUCAAAGGCAUUCAGAAAUUCAGUGCAUUCAGGGGUCAAGAGAAAUUCUUCAACAGCGAAAAAGAUACGAUUCAGGAACUGUUGAAGGUUUUUGAGAUUAAAAAACAGUUGACGCUAAUGAAUCUAAUAACUUUGAAGUCGGUUGUUAAAGAUGUUAAAGCAAAAAGGGUUCCGGAGCUAGAUAAAGGCUUUAUUGACGCUCGCAUGAAAAGACUUCAGUCAGACAUGGAUCUCACACAGGUUCAGCUGCAUUACGCUCGUCGACGACAGAAUUUGCUAAAUGAUCUGUUCAGAGAUUCGAACGACAUUGGCAAAUUUGACGCGAUGAUAAAUUAUUAUUUGGAACUCCUCAGGCUCCAAAAUAACAUGAAAUUCGAUUUGAAAAAUAUCCAUGGAGAAGAAGGUAACUAG